AUGAAUACUAGCCGUAAACAUCCGACUAAUGGUAAAAAUGAUCUAUCGUGCACGCACGUAACAAAGAAUAUUUCUCAAGCACAGGUUAUUCCUAAAAAGACCGUUGAUCGUCAAAAUUUUAAUAGUUCUCAGAAACUUAAUCAGAAAUUAUUAAAGUUAGAAAAAGCCGUGAACAAACAGUUACAGAAUGUCGAUGAAAAUCAAAGGAAUUUAAGGCAUGAACUUGCUGAUGGUAAUGAUGAAUUAAAAAGUGAAUUUCUUGACUUCAAAUCGAAAUCAAAAGGCCGCCGAAGCUCAGCACCAGUUGUAUCUCUAACCGAUUCAUCACGAUUACAUGAUCAGUUAAAUGAUAGAGAACAAGUUAAUACGGUUACGACGGUAUACUGUCCACCGUCUCGUCGGUCUUCUACACAAUCUUCACAAGCAAAUCUCUCUAAAUCUCAAGCAAAUGAGAACGUAACAAUAGAGGAUCUUAAAUCUGAAAUGCCCAGAUAUUUGCGUUGUCGGAUUGACGAACAAUCAGAAGAUUUUGACCUUUUCAGUGGAAUUGAUUAA